AUGGCUCAAUUCAUACCCCGCACCAGAGAAACUAUAAUAAAAAACUGGCACAAGCCAUCUCCUACUCUCUUCUCAAAUCACAAAUCCAAACCCGACAUACAAACAAUUCUUUCCCUCUGCAAAGAACACGGUCUUGCACAUCAAUCCCUCACCGGCUCGCGAAUCCUCAUCGUCGGUAUGCCUAAUGUUGGUAAAUCUUCUUUGCUAAAUGCUUUACGUAUGGCUGGUGUCAAUCGAGGUAAAGCUGCAUUUACAGGUGCUCAACCGGGUAUUACGAGGAAAAUCGCAUCGGGGGUUAAGAUUGUAGAUCCAGAUCCGGAAGCAGGAACGGAGGGUGUGUAUUUGGUUGAUACUCCUGGUGUUUUCGUGCCGUUUGUACCGGAUACGGAUAGUAUGUUAAAAUUGGCAUUGGUGGGAAGUGUGAAGGACACUAUCAUUGCGCCAACAACUUUGGCGGAUUAUUUAUUAUUUCAUAUUAAUCUGAAGGUGGGAGGGGGUGUAUAUAAAGAAUACUGUGGGGAAACGAAUGAUAUUGUGGAAUUUUUAGAGGCGGUUUGUCGGAAAACGGGGAGAUUGGGUAAGGGAGGCGUGCCGGAUGUGGAGGCUGCGGCUCUCUGGGUUAUUCAGAGGUGGAGGCAGGGAAAUCUGGGAAAGUUUGUCUUGGAUGAGGUAGAGGUGGAUGGAUUGGAAAAGAAGGUUAUGGAGGAGGUCAGGAUGAGUGUUAGUCAAGCGAGAAAACAGGCGAAAGAUACUCAAAGAAUGAGAGCCAAGACGAGGAGGACGGAUUCAGUGGGUUGA